ACGACGCACGCUGAAGUGAGUCAUAUUCAUGUCUCGUUGACCAGUAAAGUGUGAUCGAGAGAUUGUUUUUAUAACGAAACUAUUGUUCCUUUGACUGUGAGAAUCAUUUCUAAAGUGAAAUCAUGUGCUCGACGGAAGCUGGAGAUAUAAACGAAAGCAUAAAAUACAGUAAUGAUGUCGCAGAUGCAUUUGAAUGUUCCAGAAACAGCGUCAGUCCCCACAUGGGCCCUAUACAAAUGGCACCCACAGAACGUUAUGCUACACAUUACAACAUGAACCAUUCAAAACGUGGAUUAGCCAUUAUUUUUAAUCACGAAUUUUUCACUGUUCCACAUCUUAAACAAAGAUGUGGAACAAAUGUUGAUUGUGAAAAUCUUAUCACUACAUUGAAAAAUCUUGAUUUUGAAGUAAACGAUUAUCAUAAUUCAACACAUAGAGAUAUAGUGCAAAAUUUAAGAAGAGUCUCUAGUAUGGAUCAUUCGCAGCAUGACUGUCUGAUUGUAGCUGUAUUGAGUCAUGGAGAGUUAGGGUUACUUUAUGCUCAUGAUGUCUCAUACAAGCCUGAUUCCAUUUGGAGCCAUUUUACAUCAGAUAAGUGUCCUACGCUAGCUGGAAAGCCAAAGUUAUUUUUUAUACAAGCUUGUCAAGGAGAUAGAUUAGAUGCAGGUGUAUCCAUGAAAGAUCGUACUGAAACUGAUGGUCAAUCUGUUUCUUCAUUCCGUAUACCAACUCAUGCUGACUUCUUAAUUGCUUAUUCAACAAUACCAGGUUAUUAUUCAUGGAGGAAUACCACUCAUGGCUCUUGGUUCAUGCAAGCACUAUGCGUGGAAUUGCGUGAAAAUGGUACUCGGUACGAUUUAUUAACUCUUCUUACUUUUGUGUGUCAGCGAGUUGCUAUUGAUUUUGAGUCCAAUACUCCCGAAAACAUAACAAUGCAUCAACAAAAACAAAUUCCAUGCAUUACUACAAUGUUGACGCGUUUGGUAAAAUUUCCACCCAUGAAGAAUGGAGUGGUAUAGUCAUUUUAUACAUGAAAUAUUUAUGCAGUAUAAUAGAUUUUAUACAGUGUGUACCUUCAUUGCACCAACAGCACUGCCAUAGGAGUUAAAUGGUAAUAUUUUGUCUAUGCUGCUCCCAUUUGUGGUGUAAUUGUAUUGCAUUUAAAUGAUAGCAUUUAAUAAAUGCAAAUUGCUAUUGUACUAUGCAAAACUUGCACCAUAAGACAAAACAUUAUAGCAAUACAAUAUAAUAGAUUUGAUAGUAUAUAUAAAUUUUUGUACUUGUACAAUUUAAUAAGAAAUCUUACAAAUCUUAUAUCUUUUGCAAGGUUUAUAAAAAUAUUAAAAAUUUAUAAUGAUAAAAUCUUGAACUAUAACCUUCGAACAUUUUUAAGCCAUUAUAAAGCUGCAGAAAAUAUUGAAACGUAUUUGGCGCAUUAGAAGUAAGAUAUUAAAUAAGUACAAAUGCAAAUUAAAAUUAAGACAGCAGUGUCAUAAAUAUUGCCUUUUUGAUUGCUGCUUUUAAGCAAAAUUUGAUAAGUAAUUUAUAUACUAACUACACAGUUAUUACAUACACACUGUUCAGAAUAAUUAGAGAAUCGUUUAUGUAAAUGAGAUAAAUAAUGACUAGUAUUAUUCAUCCAGUGAUUCAUACAUGCAAAGUACAAAAAACAAGAAAACACCACGAAAAUGGUGUAUAAAUAUACAGUAACAUUUUUGUUUCUGUUAUUUACUUCAGAAUUCACAAUUCAGUGUAAUUCUCCAGAUUCUCUAAUUAAUUUGACCAGUCUAUUUAGAAAGAAGUAUUUUUGAGCCAUUGUAACAAAAGCAACUUAAAAAAUGUAUACAUUUAUAUACAUACAUUUAAUAUACCUGCUGCUUUGUACAAAUGUCAGGAGGACAAAACUUGUGUCUUUUUGCAAGAAGCAAUAGUCUAACUUACAUAUAAAAUAAAAUAUCUUCUUUUUAAUAGUAGAUGAACAUUACUUAUGCAAGUAAACUAGUUGUGAUUAUAUAAGGUGCAAUUACAACGAAUAUUCAAGUUUUAUCUAUUGUUAAGAAAGAUACUAUAAAAUGACUUAUGCUGUAACUAGAUUAUUAUGAAAUGCAGUUUGCACAUACUUUUGGAAUUGUUCGCUGGAAUAUAAAAUGUUAUGUUGCUUCAUAGUUUGAGAAGUCAUUGCUAAAUGAUGUAAAUAAGAAUUUAGAAAAAGCGCAAUAUUAAAAUGGCAAAAAUUGCUAUAUUUGUAAU